AUGUCGGAGGAGCACGGCGACGAUUUAAACUUUAAUGAACUGGUCGGAAAUCUACUUAGUUCCCAUAAUGCAAAUGAAACUUUGACUGAAGAUACCGAAAAUGUUAAUCCUGAGCAAGAUUCAAAUAUUGUGACUAAUACUAAUGAUAAUCAAGAUGACGUUGAGUUGCCGGACUUUGGCGCAGAAGAAGAAGAUUUGGCCGCUGUUGUUGCGAGUGCCAUUCAAAAUAUGAAUGAACAACCUUCACAAGACAGUGAAAUAUCCUUAGACCUUCAACAACAGCAACAACAACAACAACAAGAACAGCAGGAUGAAGGAGGACAAGGGUCAUUUGAAGGUCCGAACGGAGAAGCUGAUGAGAUUCCUAUAGAAGUACAAGAAGAUGACGAAGACGAAGGGGAUAAUGAGCAGAACCAAGAAUGGGCUCAUAUGUUACAACAAAGUUUAAUGCAGGGAAAUGAACCUUCGCAGACACAACCUGAAGAACAACUGGACCAAGAUGAUGAAACUUUGAGACGCGCCAUUCUGGAAUCCCUACAGGAGUUGAAUGUAAGAGAUAAAGAAGAUACUACUACACAAGCACCACUGCCGAAGGAGAAAGAUAAAAAGAGUAAAUCAAAAAAACCGUCUAAAAAAUCUUCAUCGUCGUCAUCGUCGUCUAAAAAGAAGAAGGAUUCCAAAAAGAAGAAAUCUCAGAAAGACGAUAAUGAUGACUUGUUAAAUUUUGAAGAUGUCAUUAGGGGGUUUAUGCAUCCUGAAGCUACUAGUAUUCAAGAUGAACCAUCAGCGGUAGCAGAUGUUGGUGAUAAUGAAACUCAAGCCCUUGUAGAGGCUACUUUAAAGGCAUUUGAACGUGAACUACUUGGCCCUGCUGCCAAUGCUCCUAAGACUACAAAGAAAAAAUCAACCUCUACAUCAAAAAAGAAAUCUUCAAGUAAAAAAUCUGAUCAAAGGGCUAAAGCUAGAACUUAUACACCUUUAGAUCUUGACAAGAGUCAUGAUGGUCCCAAACACAACAAAAAGAAAGAACGUGAUGAAGCAGCACCAGAACAAGAAGUUGGCGAUGAUUUCUCUAAACAACUUGCUGAAAUGGUUAACCAGGUGGUGAAUACGACCGCACCAGAGGAACCAACGGCGACUGCUCAAAAACCUGAGGAAGAUUUUAGAUCAACCACAGAAGGUAUUUCACGAAGUGUGAGUGCCAAUGAAGAAUUUACUACUCAUGAUGUGCAAACAACUCCGGCUGGACUGGAAGAAGGCACAUCUGAGACUUUUGAUUUAAAUCAAAUCAUGCAAAGGGCCAUGAAUAUGGCCUUUCAGGAACAAGAAGAAGAACAAGCACCAGAACAAGAACAAAAGGAAAGGGAUAAACAGAGUGAUGAACAAGAACAAAAUGAGGAUCAUUUUGAUCAAUCUAUAAUGGAGGAAUUUAAUCGUGGUCUAGCCGAUUUAACCGUUGCAGACCUGGAUCCAGAAACGCCAGCUGAUUCGAAAGACCAACCGUCAAGGGAGGAUGAUUUAGAAACUGCAGCUGACAAGAGUGAACAUAAAAAAUAUGCUAAACCAUCAGAAGAAAUCAAUAAGAAGAAAUAUUCACAAGUGGCUUUAGCCGCUGCUCAUGCUGCCAAAAAGCGUCUUUCGGAGAAGAACAGGAUUAAUAAAUUGAAAGAAAAGCAGGAACGUCAAAAGGUUCGUGAAGAUAAGAAAUCGAAGAAGAAAGAGGAACAGGAAAAGUUAGAGGAAGAAAGGAAGGAAUUGGAGGAAAUUGUAGCUAGAGGUCCACCAUAUCCUCCUGAUCUAAGGUUGACCAAAAGUGGAAAACCAAAGAAGCCAUAUAGAAGAUGGACCCCUGAGGAAAUGGCAAGAAGAGCCGCCAUGAUCUCAGAAGAAGCAAAUAACCCCUCGAAGGAACAAAGAGUGAGAAAAAAGAAGUCCAAGAAGCUAAAGAGAGUCCCUCUGUACAAUUUGAAGAACAUCCCAAUAUUUAACUUUAUCAAGUCAAAUGUUGCUAGUGAAGGAAGAACGAGACAAGGGUUGAAUGGUAUCGAGGAUACCUUAAACAAAAUACCAUUAACUUCUAAUAACUUAAACCUAAACAGAUUGGCUCUGUCAGGCAAUACGGCUGUCGAUCCAUCAACAAGGGAAAAAAAUCACGAAGAUCUAGAGAACAAUUCUAUGCCGUUUAUGCUACAGCGCAAGACUGUUGUACAUAGGGAAAAAAUUCCGUUCCAUCCCCCAUGGGCUAUUCCUGAGCAUCCUCCCUUAGCUUUACCAGUUGCCAGAAGGAGAAGAAAGGAAAAGGUCAACGAAUCUACUCACCAUAAUGAUAUCAGGAGUCCUGGAAAACAAAGCAGACCUUCUGGUAAUCUUAAUGUUAGAAGCAAAAUUAUUCCUGCUGUCUUGCUUCCAAUCAUUAAUACUUUGAAGGCAGCGGCAAGAGCUAAGGCAGCUUCGGGAGCCUCUUCUGAAGAAUCAAAUGAAUAUUUGAUGAAUAUUAUCAAGCAUACCAAAACUACGAUAGCACAAACACUAGAGUCAUCAAGGAGAACUUCUUCAAGAGAUUAUUCUGCCAUCAAGACUCAACAGGAUGGGGAAGAUGAAGGGAAGAAAAUGAGAAGGACGCCAAUCUUCAGUCUGGCGAACAUUAAAAAAAUUGAUACGAGUAACGAUGAGCCAAGAACCGAAAAAUCGGAAAAUCAUCAGGAUAUCCAUACAAAGACUCCAACGUUGAUCAAAAUAGAAGAAACGGAAAAUUCUACGCUACCGUAUGUUCAAGAAACGGCUGACAAGACGUCUCCAGAGGUAACAACUGAAAAGGAUUCAAGUAAUGAGAAGUCAGACCCUAAAGACAAAGCUUUUAUAAACAGUAGUUCGAUACCUACUGAUGCUUUAGCUGUUGAACAAAUCCAAGAACAGAGGUCUAACUAUGAGGCAAACCGUUCUGAUAGCCAAACACCUUCACCAGAAAAAACUGAAUUAACUCAUAAGCAUUCAAAGGUACAUCCUGUAUUGAUCGAGGAAACUCCAGAUGUUAGCAAGAUUGAUUUGCCAGUAAAACCUCAAGAGAGGCCUGAAGAAAGAUCUGAGGGGAGACCUGAAGAUAAGGCUCAAGAGAUACCCGAAGAUAGGGCUCAGGAGAGGCCUGAAGGGAGAUCUGAGGUGAGUCCUGUAGAGAAGGCUCAAGAGAUACCUGUAGAGAAGGCUCAAACGAAACCCGAAGAAAAGAUUCAAGAGAUUCCUGAAGAGAAGGCUCAAGAGAAGGCUCAAGAGAAGGCUCAAGAGAAGGCUCAAGAGAAGGCUCAAGAGAAGGCUCAAGAGAAGGUUCAAGAGAAGGCUCAAGAGAAGGCUCAAGAGCAGACUCAAGAGCAAAGUCAGGAGCAAAGUCAGGAGCAAAGUCAGGAGCAAACUCAAGAGCAGACUCAAGAGAAGACUCAAGAGAAAUCUCCAUCACGGGUUAGUGAGGCAGGUGCUGAAAGCGCAACUAAACCCCAGCCAGAUACUUCAGAAGAAGCUCUCAAGUUGGAAAAACAGAACUUAUCAGGACCUAUUAAGCGUGAGGAAAAUAACGAUUUAGCUAACGCCCAGGUGCAAAUGAAGAGGCGAGAUGAAAACCCACAUAAUGCAUUCGAAGAUAUGGUUAAACAACAAUUGGUUCAAUCAUGUGGCAAUAAUGUUGACUUGCCCAGUAAUUUAAGCAACAUAAUUUCUGCCACAUUGGCCAAUGUUUUUCCGGAUUUGAAUGAUACCAGAAAGAACGAGAUCCAAGAACUACCAUCUCGACCAGAAAGAAGACGUUAUAAGAAGGGUCCUCCACCAAUGUUGAAUUUAGAUGGUUUAGUACCUCCCAGCGGUAUUCAAGUUAUUCCUAAAGCUGAACCAAAACCUGCUUCAGAGGGCACAAUACCUUCUCAAGCUCCAAGAUUUAAAAAACCUCACAAGAAAUCAGAACAACCUACGUUAUUAUACACCUUCAAUGUUCCUAAUUUCAAGGAUAUUCAAGGCAGAAGGACUAUGCUUUUGAAAAGGGCUAAAGAGCAUUUAAACGAUAAAGAGAUGGGUAUUUUGAAAAGAGAAAUUAACAAAGAACGUAAGAGGAAAUGGAGAGAAGUGAAUGUAGAGAAAAAUUGGGAGCAUGAUUUACGUUCACGAUUGAAGAAACGUGCCAAUAUGAAAUUUGGUGAGUCGAAUUCAGCUGAGAAAAAUCAAUGGUUUGAAAGUGAAGUAUCGAAGAAUCUAUCCGAGAGAGGUAUAAAGCAAGAAGAUAGCGCCAAUAAUGGUGGUGAAAAUGGCAGUGGAAGGAAGAAUACAGGCUCCACAAAUUUAAGUGACAACGAAGUAUUGAACAUGAUCGCUACGGCAUUAGGCAAACUGGACGUUGCCAGAAUUCUUGAGCGCGAACUAAAUGAAUUGGGUAAGCCUAGCGGUGCCAAACCACCAAAUGUCAAUAAACCCAAGAGACUUAACACACCAACUUCGGCAGAAGGUACGCCUGGCGCUGAAAGAAAUCCAGUUUUGUCUGGAGUGGCAGAGUUUGGCACAGUUGAAGAGACUCGGAGUGAGAGGGAAAUGGAUGAAGUAGAUGAAAACGGUCAAUUAAAGAGACCAUACCCGGAUGAUAUACCCUUAAUGGUUCCUAUUCUCAAGAGACCUAAAUUCUUAAACGCUGAGGGCAACUCUUGA